GCUGGGCGGCAAACAGCUGUGGGUCUAUCGAAAAUGGAGCAUGUGGAAAACGAAACCGACGAGCUUAUAAAUAAGCUCGUGACUCUGAAUGUGGCUGAUAAUGAGGAGGAAAUCACAGGCUUACUCAAAACCCUGCGACUUUUGCUCACCAAAGGCAGUGCACAUCAAGAGAUUUUGGCCAGGAGUGUGGAGUUUGCCGGCUUCCUAGAUGCCGUGGCUUUUAAUCCACUGAUGCGUACAGAGCAUCGUGUUGUACACAAUCUAUCCCUCCAGGUGCUAGCCAACAGUGUGGUUAACAAUGAGACUACCCAGGCACUUACCUGGAAUCGGAAUGGCGUGAAAAUUUGCGAACAAGCCUCGGCUGUUCCGCUGGGCAGUUCGAACAAUGUGCUUCUCAUGAUCAUGUACAACAUAUAUCUCAAUGGUCGUUCUCUCAUCAGUGACCUGGUGGCGCUCCGGACUUGCCUGAGCCUAUGGCGGGCUCUAAACGAAGCCCAAUGCACCUACAACUUCGAGUAUCUGCACUUUUUCCUGGAGCACUUCAUCGUCCAGAAUGGCCGUGCCUGUGUGGCUUGUUACCAGAAGCUGGAGACCGAAGAUCGCAUUGCCUUCCUCGACUACGUGGCCCACUAUCUGAGGGAAAAUAGCCCCAAUGGCGAAGUUACUCUGUUUCUCCUACAGCACUUCGCCAAGGAGUUCCGCCUCAAAUCUGAUUGUCUCCUGCGCGAAACUCUCAAGCUUAAACAUGAGCUCCAUCCCCGAGAAGUUCACAGCUUGCUACGCAUCAUUGCCAGCGCCAGUGGUUCUGAGAAGUAUGCCAAUGUCUACUACGCGGAUCAAUCGCUGUUUAUCAACGUUAGCAGCCUGCUGAGGUGCCUGGUUUCUGCCGGCAAGGAACCGGAUGGAGGAGGACUGGAUAAGCCCAUGACGAAGCUGGAGGAGGUGGCUCUAACUUCGGGCAUUGAUGCGGAUUACGAAAAGAAGGUCUCCUACGAACUAAAGACGCUACUUGUGCGCUGCUCGGCCAAUCUUCUGUACGACAACAAGGCCAACAAGGGCUACUGCCUGGACACACAACUAUUGCCCACUCUGCUUGAGUGCACCACGAUGGAUGCCCGCAAUCCUUUGAUGAAGGAGUGGAGCAUUCUGGCCAUCCGGAACGCUUGCGUCAACUGCCCGGAGGCGCAGCAGGUGAUCGCUGGCCUCACCAUGCAGGGCUCGGCGCCCAACGACAUCCUCACCGAACUGAACCUGGACAUGGGAGCGCUUCGCAUCUCGGACAGGCAGCAAUAACUCAUCUAACCAAUGUACAGCACACACACACACUCAUCUACCCAAACGGACUUGGCAAACUAGGCACGACCACUGGCUGGCCAACAAGUGGUUAGAUGUUGUUCACACCACGUCAUCCUCCGCCGCCCAGUCGUUGCCCCCUUUACGAUGCGCUAAUGGUAUGCCAACAGAUAGCCAACGGCAUUCAUAAACGCGAUGUCAACGUUUAAUGGCAUAGAGGGGCGAAUGUGUGGCGGUCGGCUGGCGUGGCUAGCGAAGAUAUAAAAAUAGCUGCCCAUGUACCAUGCUCUGUGUACCAUUAAAAAAGAGAUGCCUAAA